GUCUGGCUCCAGCCUGAACUCCAUCCAAGCAACAUUGUGAGGACUGGAGGAUGGAGGAUCAAGCCAGGCUACUCUAGUGCUGGGUGGUGGCUGUUACUGGCAGAUCUUGGUGCCAGUCUCAGAGCCAUCACUCCUGUUUCACUGCCCUGCCUGCUUCAGGCAGCCAAGCACUGCAGAUGCAGCACUGAGGUGUGCUGCAGAGCACAAAAAUGUCCACAGAGACCAACAGCAACUGCGCCAUCUGCCAGGACACUUGUAGGCAUGUGGCUUCUACUCUGCCUUGUCACCACCAGUUUUGCCUGGGCUGUAUCCUGCGGUGGACACAGAGAAAUCCAGUGUGCCCACUCUGCAGAAGAACAAUAGUGACUGUCCGAUUUUCUGAUCAUGGAGAAGAUGACUAUCUGGACACAUCCAUCACAGUCCCUGAGGAGCUGCUAGAUGGCAACAGCCAGCGAGGGAGAGCUCUCAGCAGCCUGGAUGAGAACAGCUCCCAUCCUCCUGUGGUCUCCCCUUCAUCUUCUCCACAGGGGAUAGUGUCUCCAGCAGAGCAGGAAGGAUCAGGGCUGGAGUUUGUGGGCAGCGUCCUGCCUGAGGUCUGGGCAGAAAGUUUCCGUCAACGACAGCAUCUCCUGGACUCCAUGAGGCCCUGGCUGCAUGAGAGGCUGGAGGGAAUAUACCAGGGCUGGUGGUGGGUGGUAGACGCCAUAGAGAGCAGCAUCUUGCAUGGCCUUUGCAUCCAUGGGCCAAAUGCUGAGAUGCUGGUUGAGGUGCUAGAGCCUCUCCUCGAGGAACACACGGCACCACUGGUCCAUGAUGCCAUCGGCAUCAUUAUGGGCCAGCGCCAUGAGGAGGCCCAAAGGCUUCUGCACUCCAGUGCUCUCAGGGAUGAGAACAAUGGCCCUGUGGCCAGCUCCAGCUCCAUCUCCAGCUCCAUCUCCAGCUCCAGCUCCACUUCCACCAGCUCCAGCAAUUCCAGGAGCUCCAGUUUCAGCAGCAACAGCUGCAGCUGCAGCUGCAGUUGUAGUUACAGUUGCAGUUGCAGCUCCAACAGCUGCAGCUCCAACAGCUGCAGCUCCAACAGCUGCACCUUCAACAGCUGGAGUUCCAGCAGUUCCCGGCAAGGGACUCCCGACAGCAGCCCCACAGGCUCUGAUGAGGAGGAGGAAGCUGGUAUAUGAGGGGCUUCCCCCUGCCCAGGGCAGCAGUCACAGCCCCUCUGCUCCCAGGGCAGGGACAGAUUGUCCACUGGGCCCCAGCAUACCUGACAAAAGAGGGGGUCCUAGAGCUCUCGCCAGUCCUGCCAGAGGCUGCCCCACUGGCACCUCUAGAAACCCUUUAUUCAAGGAAAUGGAAAUAAAUUGUUA